AGAAGUGACAUUUCCGGAUACCCUAGACGGUGCUGCCAUCUUGGAGGGAGCGGCGUCGGGCGGCCAUGUCUGUUGCCGUCGGGACGCCUCGGCGUCGGCGGUACAUUGUCUCAGUGAUGACUGGGUGAAGCUGCCAUGAAUGAUCCACCUGAUAUACUCUCAAGGCGGGGGCUGCCCCCAACCUCAGCAGCCACUUCGUCAGGAGGACAACACUUUGUAAUUAGCAGUCCAAUGCAGCAAGGUACACUCUCACAAUCGUCUGCCGGCGGUGUGCUACACCGCGGCGCGCCGACCGCCGGCGGCUCCGGCCGGCUGGUGGCGCGCUCGCCGGCGAGUCUGGCGCGGCCGGCAGCCGUCACCGGCGUGCCCGCCACGCUCUACGGCACGCCCAGCAAGCUGGCGGCGCGCACCAGCCCACAGCAGCCGCGCAAAAAGAUCAAACUGGAGGAGCGGCUCUCCAGCACGGACGAGGUGACGCUGAAGCGGCAGAACGUGCUGGACUACAAGCUGGACCGGGCGGCCAAGCUCCGCGAGCAGUACGACGAUCUGACGGCGGAGCUGUACUACCUGGAGGACGGUGGCAGCCUGAUGGACUUCCCCGGCUGGCUGAAGCGGCCGCCGCUGCAGUUCCUCAACUACAAGAAGCGCAUGCUGCUCGACUCUGAGGACGAGGAGGACGCUGCCGAGGUGAAGGUGCCGGCCAGCGGCGGCACGCCCGUGGCCGUGUCCAGCACCCUGCCCAGCUCCAUCUCCAAACUGGCCCACAUCAAAGGAAAGCAGCUUGGUGGAAGGCAUGGGAUGGUGUUUGGAAAUCACCAGUCUCCUGUCUCUAAAGACAAGACCAAUACCAAUGCUUUAGCUGCAGGCGGCGCGGCGACACCGGUGGCGCCCCGCGGCCCCGGCCGGCCGGCUGGCUCCGGACUGGGCUCGUCGCACGAUGCCGCCGGCACUGAGCACAUGGUGGAGAAGGCCAAACAGGAGGCGCAAGUGAUGCAGCGCAUCAGCGACCUGAGGAAGCAGGGCCUGUGGUCCGAGAAGCGACUGCCCAAGGUGGCCGAGCCGAAACGCAUCAAGGCACACUGGGACUACUUGCUCGAGGAGAUGCAGUGGCUGGCGGCUGACUUCGCGCAGGAGCGCAAGUGGAAGAAGGCGGCUGCCAGAAAGUGCGCGCGGAUGGUACAAAAGUACCACCAAGACAAGGCGGCGGCGGCGGAGAAGGCCGUCAAGGACCAGGAGCGCGACCUGCGGCGCGUGGCCGCGUUCGUGGCGCGUGAGAUCAGGACGUUCUGGGCGAACGCGGAGAAACUGGUCGAGUUCAAGAUAACGGCUCGUCUGGACGAGAAGCGGAAGAAGGCGCUCGACCAGCACCUGAACUUCAUCGUGGACCAGACGGAGAAGUACAGCGAGAAGCUGCAGGAGGCGCUGCAGCAGAACAGCAGCCAGCCGAGCCGGGCGUCCUCGUCGUGCGGCCAGCCCAGCUCGCGGCUCCACUCCGAUGGCGAGUUUGAGCCGGACUCCGGGUCUGAGGACGACGAGGAGACGAUCGCGCGAGCCGAGCGAGACGUGCAGCAGCACGACACGACGGCCGAGGUCAGCGCGCUGCAGAAGGAGUCCGAGAUGUCGCUGGACGACGUGCUGGACCAGCUGCCGCCCGGCUACCUGGAGAACCGACAUCGAGACGUCCCGGACGCCGACAAGGACGCGUCUGCGGCGGGCUCCGAUGACGACUUUGAGGCGGCCUCUGACGCGGACAGUGACGACGAGGAGACGAUCGCCGAGCAGGAGGGCGCCGAGAAGCAGCAGGAUCACGCCAUGGAGAUCAGCCAGCUGGAGGACGAAGGUCAAAUGCCGCUGGACGAGCUUAUGAAGAAGUACGGCGGUGGCGGCGCUGACGGCCCGGGCCCGUCCUCCGCCGCUGCUGCCGACUCUCGGCCCGAGUCCGAGGACGAGGAGGGCACCGCGGACGAGGACGAUGACGAGCCGGAGGACGAGGACGGCGAUGGUGAGGACGAGGAGGAGGAGGAGGAAGGUGACGGGGACGAGGAGACGGAGAUGGAGAUCGGCCUCAAGUCGCUGCUCGACGUCAAUGCCAGCGACGACGGAGACGCCACCAAGGCGGGUCUGUCGGGCCCGGCGGAGAUCACGGACGUGGCGGCUCUGGCCGAGACGUUCCAGCCCAAGGGCUACACGCUCUCGUCGACCACCGUGAAGACUCCGGUGCCUUUCCUCCUCAAACACUCGCUGCGAGAGUACCAGCACGUCGGCCUCGAGUGGCUGGUCACCAUGUACGACAAGAAGCUGAACGGCAUCCUGGCCGACGAGAUGGGUCUCGGCAAGACGAUCCAGACGAUCGCGCUGCUGGCGCACCUGGCGUGCCAGCAGGGCAUCUGGGGCCCGCACCUGAUCGUCGUGCCCACCUCGGUCAUGCUCAACUGGGAGAUCGAGCUGAAGAAGUGGUGUCCCGCCUUCAAGGUGCUCACCUACUACGGCUCGCAGAAGGAGCGGCGCCAGAAGCGCACCGGCUGGACCAAGCAGAACUCGUUCCACGUCUGCAUUACCUCGUACAAGCUGGUGCUGCAGGACCACGCCUCGUUCAGGAGGAAAAAGUGGAAGUACCUGAUCCUCGACGAGGCGCAAAACAUCAAGAACUUCAAGUCCCAGAGGUGGCAGCUGCUUCUGAACUUCCAGUCACAGAGGCGACUGCUGCUGACCGGCACGCCGCUGCAGAACAACCUGAUGGAGCUGUGGUCGCUGAUGCACUUCUUGAUGCCGCACGUCUUCGCCUCCCAUCGCGAGUUCAAGGAGUGGUUCUCCAACCCCGUCUCCGGCAUGAUCGAGGGCAACACCGAGUACAACGAGAGCAUCAUCAAGCGACUCCACAAGGUGCUGCGUCCGUUCCUGCUGCGUCGGCUGAAGACCGAGGUGGAGAAGCAGCUGCCCAAGAAGUACGAGCACGCCAUCAUGUGCCGGCUCUCCAAGCGGCAGCGCUACCUCUACGACGAGUUCAUGAGCCGAACCAAGACGAAGGAGACGCUGGCGACGGGUAACUUUCUGAGCGUGAUCAACAUCCUGAUGCAGCUGCGGAAGGUGUGCAACCACCCGGACAUGUUCGAGCCGCGUCCCACCGUCUCUCCGUACCGGAUGGAGCGGCUCGAGUUCGUCACCGCCUCGUGCGCCUGGACCGCGCUCCAGCACGACCCCUUCAAGCACGUGGAUCUCAAGUUCCUGAACCUGCUGUUGGCCGACCUGGAGCUGACGCUGACGGCGUUCGCGGCGCACCGGACGCGCCGGUUCCAGGCGCCGCGGCGCCUCAUCGAGGAGGUGGACCAGCGGCCGCCGCCGCCGCCCCGCUGUCCGGCCGGCCGCAUCAAGCUGCACGUGCGCGCCACACCGCCCACCAGCUCGGCGGCCUCGGGUCCUCCGGCGCCGCCGCCACCGCCGCGGCUACCCGCCCCGGCGCCGGCGACUCCGGCUGUGCCCCGACCGGUGGUGCCGGGCGCCGCGCCGCUGCGGGGGUACGCGCUGCAGGUGGUGCAGGGCGGCGUGGUUAAGACGAUCCCGCUGUCGUCACUGUCUGGCGUGGGUGGCGGUCCCCUGGCGCUGCAGAUUCAGCAGACGCCGCAGGGGCCACGGCUGGUGCCGGCCGCCUCCCAGCCGUCGGCCACGGCCUCCACCGCGGCCGGCAGUACCGUCUCCACCCCGGUCAGCGCCGGAAUCGUGCUGCAGACGGGCAAACCGCUGCUGGGAUCGCCGGGACCGCGGCCGCUCGGCAACGGCGCCAGGCUGACGACGCCGGCCACAGUGGACCCGCAGUCGCUGGCGGCGAUGCUGGCGGCGCGCGGCCUGCCGGCCAACACCAACGUGACGUUCGCCCGUCUGACGCCGGCGGCCGUCGCGGCGGCGCCUCGGCCGGCCGCGUCCAACGCGCUGGUCGGCUCCGUGCCCGCCCAGCCGGCGGUGAGUGCCGCCACCGGCCCUGAGCGACGGGUGAACGCUGCGUCUCCCCAGUCUGUGCCGCUGCGAGCGCAGGCUCCGGCGCCGCCGCCGCCCCAACCCCCGCCGUCGGCGCCCCAGGCGAAUAGCUUGCCUGCGCCGCGGCCCACCCCUCCGGCGUCACCGUCCACCGCCACACGGUCCGCCUCGGCGGCGCAGAACGCCAAGCACCACUCCGUCUUCAGGAUUCCGGCGCUGGAGGAGCAGCGGCGGAUAGCGCGGAAGGAGAAACUGCUGACGUUGUACCGGAUCAACAAGCGGCGCUGCGAGGCGUGCCCCAUCUACGGCGCCGACCUGGUGCAGUCGGUGCGUGUGGUGGACGGCGCCGGUGGCCGCGUGCCCGCCUGGAACGGCCUGGCGCACUGCGUGCCGGCCGACCCGUGCCAGAGCGGCGCGGCCGCCACGCGCCGCUACUGGCGCCAGACGGAGCACCUCGACCGGCUGCUGCCCACUAUUCCCCAGCUGCUGGAAAGGAUGCAUGACAUCCUCAGCAGGUACGUGGUGUACACGCCGGGCGUGGUCGCACCCGAGAUCCGGCUGCACGUCAGUCACCCGCCGCCGUGGCGGCUACAGGAGGAGCGGUGGCGGCGGCUGCGGCUCACGGCCGAGCUGUCGCCGCGCACCGCCGACCUACACCCCAUCGCCAGCGCCAUGGCCACCCAGUUCCCCGAGCGGCGGCUCAUACAGUACGACUGCGGUAAACUGCAAGUGAUGGACAGGCUGUUGCAUAAGUUGAAGUCGGAGGGCCAUCGGGUUCUCAUCUUCACCCAGAUGACGCGCAUGCUGGAUAUUUUGGAACAGUUCCUCAAUUUCCAUGGUCACAUCUACCUUCGCCUGGACGGCACCACGCGAGUGGACCAGAGACAGGCGUUGAUGGAGCGGUUUAACGCCGACAAGCGUAUCUUCUGCUUCAUCCUGUCGACGCGCUCGGGCGGCGUGGGCGUGAACCUCACCGGCGCCGACACGGUGGUGUUCUACGACUCGGACUGGAAUCCGACGAUGGACGCGCAGGCGCAGGACCGCUGCCACCGGAUCGGACAGACGCGGGACGUGCACAUCUACCGGCUGGUCAGCGACAAAACCAUCGAGGAGAACAUCGUCAAAAAGGCCAACCAGAAGCGGCUGCUCGGCGACCUGGCCAUCGAGGGCGGUAACUUCACCACGGCCUUCUUCAAGAAGAACACGCUGCAGGAUCUCUUCAAUGUGGAUAUGCGUGAGGAUGACGCCAGCCGAAGGAUGUCGGACGCGGCGCGGCGGCGGCCAGAAAAGGUCGAGCCGUCGGCGCCGCCGGCCGUCACGGACCGGUCAGCAGAGGUGGCGUUCGAGACGGCGCUGGCCGCCGCCGAGGACGAGACGGACGUGCGGGCGGCGUGCACGGCGCGCGCAGAGGCCGACGCCGACAUGGCCGAGUUCGACGAGAACAUCCCGCUCGACGACGGCGGCGACGAGGAGAUCUCCAAGGCCGAGCUCGAGGUGCAGCAGCUCGUCAAACAGCUGACGCCGAUCGAGCGCUGGGCGAUGGCGUUCGUCGAGGAGACGGAUGACGGCUGGCAGCGCGAGGCCGACCGCGCCGCCGCCGAGAUCGACGCCCGCAAGCGCGAGUGGGAGGCGGAUCACCAGCAGGCGAUGCGCCAGCACGACGGCGAGUCAGACGGUGCCGCCGGUUCGGACACGGAGCUAACCUACGACGCCGCCGAGACGAGCCAGGUAUGGAUUUCGGAAAACGGCGGAGACGAAAUGAUGCCGAUCUGGGCGCCGCCGACGCCGCCGCGGGACGACAGCGACGUCUACCUGGACUCUGUGGACGACCUGCUGUACGAGGACACGCCCAUGACGGAGGCCCAGCUGCCGCCCGUGUUCGUCAGAAAGGAGCCCAGACGGAUCAAGACCGAGCCCGGCGUCUCAAUGCCGUCCCAGCCGGGCGGCAGCGGCCCGCCGCCCGCCGCGCCGCUCAUCAAGAAGCCCAUCAAGGUGAAGCGCGAGGAGACCAGCGGCUUUGCGCCGCGCUCGCUGUUCAACCGGCUGUCUCCGGCGGCGCUCAAGAUGCGGCGUGACCUCCGUCUGCAGCAGCGGCGCACCAUCUUCAGUCCUGGCAGCCUGAGCCUGCCCAGCGCCAAGCCGGCCCUGCUGGCCAACAAGGCCGGCCUGGACGAGCACGCUCCCGAGUGGCUGGUGCACGAGGAUUGGGCGCUGCUACAGGCCAUCAAGACGGUGCUGGAGAUGCCGCUGAACCUGGUGGUGGUCUCCCCGGCGCACACACCCAACUGGGACCUGGUGUCGGACCUGGUGAACCACGUCGGACGCACCUACCGCUCGGCCAAACAGUGCCGGCUCCGCUUCGAAAUGGUAGUGCAGCCGCGCGAGGAGGGCAAGCUCGUCUACGACCCCAGUCCCAAGAAAAUGAAGAAACACAAAAUGGGUCCGGGCAAGCUGAACCUGCCGACGGCCAAGGCGGGCCGGCCGCUGCGCACCUCUCAGCUGGCCAUGCAGGACAAGAACCAAGCUUUCAGCCAGCUGCUGAUCUCCCGCUUUGAGAGCAUGAAGUCGAUCGCCAACAAGCGGGCGCCGACGACGCGUCCGGCUCUGCUGUCUCCGGCCAACCGGAACCCCAAGCACGCGGCGGUGCUUGCCGAGUCGGGCAUCAACUACGACUCUCCGCUCACACCCGUCGAGGUGGCCGCCAACCGGGCGUCGCGCAUCGCCAAGGAGAAAAAGACGGCGACCGCCGAGCAGCUGCAGCGGCUGCAGAAGGCGCAGCAGCAGGCGGCGGCCGCGGCGGCUGCUGCUGCGGCCGCUGCCGCCGCGGCCUCCAGCAGCGGCCUGGUGGCGACUCGGCAGCCGCUGGUGCCGGCCCGGGUCAGCGCCGUGGCCGUUACCUCUGCGGCGGCCGGCACCAUCGUCUCCGUGUCGAGCCUGACGCCGGCCCAGGUGCAGGUGGCGCAGCGGUUCGUCUCUGGCGGCCUGGUGGCCUCCUCGGCCGCCACCAAGGCCGGCAUCGCCACCUCCAUCCCCAUCCAGACGCUGACGCAAAAGUCGCUGACGCCCAGCCAGCUGCAGGCGCUCAAGCAGCAGACGAUGCUGCGCCAGAAGCUGACCACCCUGGAGCCGCUGAAGCGACUGCAGGUGGCCACCACGGCGUCGGCGGCCGGCGGCGUCUCUGCAGGGGCCAGCGGCAGCGUCGCCGGCACGUCGACCGGUCUGACGACGAGCGGUGUGGCCGGCGCGGCGGGCACCUCGCAGAAGGUUCAGGUGGCCGUCACCUCCCUGGGUACCUCGCUCGGCACCGUCACUGGCAUGGCGGCCGUGCCCGUCACCCAGGCGCAGGCCCGCACCCAGGUGCGCAUCCUCAAACAGGCGGCCGGCAAACAGAUGGUGGCGGCGCGCACCAUGACCGAGUCCGAGAUGGCCGCCAUUCUGAAGCAGAAGCCGCAGCUGUCGCACCAGAUGCAGCCGGCCCAGCUGAACAUGCCGCAGUUCCUGGCGCAGGUGCAGAGUGCGGCGGCGGCGCGCGGCGCCAGCGGCUCGUCGUCGCCGGCCACCAGCGGCGCCACGCAAACGGUCACCAUCCCGGUGACGGCCAUCAGCAUGGCCGGCGUCACGCUGCCGCACAUGCGCGCCGGCACGCCCGCCAAGGUCACCACGUCCACACACCAGCAGAUCCGCCAGCUGGCGCUGUCUAAACAGCAGCUGAUCACGCCACAGCGCAAGCUGACCGCUCAGGCCACCCAGCUGGCGCAGGUGACUGGGAAGCGGGUGCCGACGCAGCUGUCGGCCGUGCAGAUCGUCCAGGGUCAGAAGCAGCUGCCGACCACGGUCACCGUGCAGCAGAUCCAGCAGGUGAUGGGCCGCGACGUGAUCAAGGUGCCGGCGUCGGGCGCGGCCGGCACGAGCGGCGCGCGCGCCUCGCCGCAGCAGCUGCAGGCGCGCGUGCUGCCCAGCUCGCACCACCCCAUCAAGCAGACGAUCCAGGUGGUGUCGGCCGGCAGUCCGUUCACGGGCAGCGCGGCCGGCGGCCUGGCGCGUCCCAUCGCCACGCUGCAGCAGGGCCGGCCGGCGGCCGUGCAGCUGGUGCAGCCGGCCUCGCAGGCGGGCGGCGGGCAGACGGCGGCGGCGGCGACCACCUCUCAGCAGCAGCAGCAGCAGCAGCAGCAGCAGCAGAACAACCCCCAGCUGCAGCAGACGGCCACUGUGGCGCUCAGCCAGCUGAAGCCGCUGGUGUCUGCGGCGGCGGCGGUGGUGAGCGCCAGCGGCAGCGGCGCCGGCGCCGGCUCUCCGUCUGCGCUGCGCGGCUCUCCGUACACGAUGCGGCUGCGUACCGUGUCGAGCACGGCCUCGACUCCGGACCGGCCGAGCCCGGCGUCCACGCCACCGGCGCAGCCGCCGCCCGCCGACCCGGCCGCCUAGCGCGCCGCGCCUGUACACACACUGACGUACCCAGCUUUAUAUGUAUGGCCGCUAGAGGCGGCCGGCCCGCCGCGAGGAUCGCGUCAUAUUCAUUGCUAUUAGGUAGCGUGAGGUGUGCUCUGUCCUGCCGUCGCGCCCGCCGGCACGUCUCCGGCCGGCCCGCGCGGCGUCCCGUCUGGUGUUUCGGUGUUGGUUCAGUGUCCGCCGCCGUUGAGCGGUGCAGCAUUCGCGGCCGUCCUCUUCGCGUCUUCAGGUCCACUUCCCCCUAUGAAUGGAGGACCGUCGUCUCCGUCGUUUUCCGCGCGCCUGCGUCUACAACUAUCAGCAGCUGGCGGACGGGCACGUGCCAGCAGUGAGGACCGCGGCGGGAGACUGCCCGGUCCGAGUGCGCCGACCCGUCCCGCCUUGCUGCCUGGCAACAACAUCCGCCCGAACAGCUUUGUCCGAGCUUGUCUCUACUGGCGGUAUUAACUGCCUUACAGUUAAGAGCAGGCAGGCGGCAUUGGGAGCGGAGCGUCACCGUGUCCGUUGGAGUACAAUGCUCCCUGUUUUUCUUCAUAUUGCCCUGCUAAAUCAGACUGGAUAGCAGGAAGUGCGCCUCCGCUAAUGGAUGUUAGCAUCUGCCGUUUCCUGAUCAGCUCGUGUCAACGGUGUCCAGCUGCGGACAGACUGGGGCAGAUAUCGGCGCCAUGGCCACCCAGUUCCCCGAGCGGCGGCUCAUACAGUACGACUGCGGGCACGGCGUAAUUCUGAUGGACCGGCUGCUGCAUUAGCUAAAACAAGAGUUCCUCGCUGCAACAUCUUUAAACAGCGGACACGAUUGCUGUGCCCGCUCGAAGGCAACUUCAUGAUUGUCAUAACUGUCUUCACUGGACGCCCAGGCGACAGUCCACGCGAGUGGACCAGACCAGACACCGAAACCGCCGACGGACGACGGCUGCGGACCGCGCCGCGGGCCGGCGGGCCGCGGCAGACAGACAAGUGGACCGCUCAGGUUGUACUGAGACGGGGCCCAGCCCUGCGACCCGUCCUCAUCACUCACUCACUCAUCGCUGACACCGUGCGCUCGCAGUCACCUCAUCAGCCCCGGCCGGGCCGCGGGCUCGCAUCCCCUCAGCAUCUCAUCAUCACCUCUCGCCCCAUGUGAUCGAUCCACUAUUGUCACGUAUUCGCAUAUUGCCGAUCAUUGUCACUGACGGUGCUCUACUAUGAAUAAACUCGUGUGUUAUUGUAA